AUGGAUAUCUGUGAGUUUUCAAGUAAGCCGAACCAGCUCGUGAGUAAAACACCAUGCAAGCCGCUUUGCGGCUCGAUCGCAGUCCCGCCUGGCGCCUCUGCCGAGGAAGUAAGUGAGGAACUUGCGGGGCCCGGCGGGGAAGAGACGGUGGUAGUUUGGCAUAACGACUACCCGCUCGAGCUGCUGGAGAAUGCUGGGGUCUGCCGGAGCACAGUGUUUUCCGGCAGCCGGAAGGACUUCCCGGCAGACAGAGAGUGCCGGAAGGAGGGCUGUCGAGGUGUUGAGGCAGCUGUAGCCGGCGUAGUCCGAGCACCGGAACUCGCAAACCCCAUUAUCGCACACACCCCCGUGUAG